AUGUUCACAGACACUUCAUUCCCUGCAGACCUCCGCAUGAUCGGACAAAUCGAUAGCCCAAUUCCUUCUAAUCUCACUUUCCUAAGGGCAGAGGAGUUCUUGGAUAAAGUGAAAUUGUAUGAAGGGGGUAUCGAGGCCACAGACAUUCAACAAGGGAUGUUAGGCGACUGCUAUUUUUUGGCAUCACUUGCUUCACUAGCGGAGUUUCCGAAGAGAAUUGAGCGCCUCAUCCGUUCGCUUGGGAACUGUAAGUAUGAAGUGACGUACUAUUACAUGGGCAAGAAGCAAGUCAUUGAAAUUGAUGACUUAAUACCAUGCAGUGAAAAGAAGCCGAUAUUCAGUCAUAACAAUGGGAACGAGUUAUGGGUGAUAUUACUUGAAAAGGCGUAUGCCAAAGUAGUUGGGAAUUAUGGUUUGAUCGAAGGAGGGAUCCCAUUCCUCUCAUUAAGUGAUUUAACAGGGAUGCCUGUGAAGAGAAUUACCACUAAAAACAUUGAUCCAGAGAAGUUAUUCAAAAAGAUAGCGUCGUAUGAUAAGAAGAAGUAUUGUAUGGUUGCCAAUGUACCAGACGUUCCAGGUGUUGACUUAGAGAAAGAAUGGGGACUUGUAGAGAAUCACGCAUAUACAGUCAUUGGAGCGUAUCAGACUGGUGGACAGAAGUUACUUAAAAUCCGCAAUCCAUGGGGGUGCUGUGAGUGGAAAGGGAAGUGGAGAGAUGAUGACCCCGCUUGGACCUUUUUAAUGAAGAAGGAGCUUGGUGUAGUCAAAGCUGAUGAUGGGAUUUACUUUAUGGACGUUGCAGACUUUGUUAGAUUCUUUGAUGAGAUGACGGUGGUGUAUUACAAAGAGGCGUGGGACGAGUUUAAUAGUAUAGACGUCAAUAUGACAGACAAACAGAUGGAAAUCAAUGUUGAACUGAAAGGAGAUGCUAUUGUCUCAUUGUCACAACAACGAACUGAUGACAAAAUAGCUUUAAGGAUGUGGGCGAUAGAUUCUAAAGGAUUGCCAGUUGGUGGAGAGACGGAAGAGACGUUUGUUAUUGCGUCUAAUAUUGCAGGGAAAAAGAUGAAAGUGAAGGAAGGGAACUAUCGAAUCAUAGUCGAAACACAUCAAAGUUGCGUCUCCAGUUUACCAUACAAACUGACACUUUCUAUUAGAAGUUCUAAUGAAAUCACUUUCGGAGAGGUCAAAGCUAUUCCUCAAAACGAAAAAAUGUCGUACUGCACUACUAAGCAAGCGAAAGACGCAGAUAAAUGUAAGGCUUGUGGAUUACCACUACCAGCUAAGGGGAUAGCAAAAACUAAAAUCGGGUCGUUCCAUUUGAAAUGUUUCAAGUGCGACGUCUGUGGCGCACAGCUUGGAGGAAAAUUUGGAUUAAAAGGAACUAAGAAACUCUGUCCAAAUUGUGUGAACAAAUAA